AAUGUGGUCCUUGGGACAGAGCCAGGGCGGGGGGCCCCCAGCCAGAGGGCAGGGCAGAGGCAGCAUGGGCUGGGGUCCCCAGUGGUGACCAGCCCUGCCAUGGGAAACAACAGUUCCCACAAGAGAACCAAAGUGCCCAAGCAGGCCCGCAAAGAGAAGCCACCUGACAUGGACAAGGCCCAGCGCAAACGGCAGUUCUUCAACCACCUCAAGUGGAAGAAGCCCAGUACCAAGAUCGUGCUGCUCUUCCCCCUGGACAAGCGGCAGCAACUAGCCGAGGCAACGGCGGGGCCCAGAGCGCGGCCCGAGCGGGCGAGCGAGGCUGCGGCAGACACCCCCGCGGGGCCCCCGGCGGCGGCACCCAUGUUGCGAGGAGCUGGCGACGGCGGUGAGCGGCGCGAGAGCGCGCGCGCGAGAGAGAUGAAGAAGAUCCUCGUCCUGCUGCUGCUGCUGGACGCGCGGCUGCAGGAGGAGGGACGCCGCGCGGCGGGCGGCCCCGGGGGCGGGGCCGGCGCGGGGGGCGGAGCCAAGGCGGUGCAGGGCUGGCAGCGGCUCUACGCGCGCCUGCUGACCGAGAGCGAGACCGACUGCGAGGCCGAGGCCGCCGAGGAGCAGCCGCGCAAGCGGCGCCGCUGCCCCCGCCCGCGGCCCUGAGUGCCUGGCCCGGACCUCCCGGACCCUGGUCCAGUCCAAUAAAGAGCGCAUAGCAA